AUGUCUUUCCAAAAACGCCCUCGUUCUGAUUCUGGAUUCAGUGAAUCUUUAGAAAAUAUUAGGCUUCAAAUUCCAAUUAUCAUUUCUGCUAAGAACGCAAUGACAUCUAAAAACGUAACAACAGCAGAUAAGAAUGUAACAACAAUUAAGAACAUAACAGCUAAAAACGUAAUAACAACUAAUAACAUUAGUACAGCUAAAAGGAACACCAUAACUACUAAAAAGAACAUUACAACUAUUAAAAACACUAAGAGCACUAAGAACACUAAUACGACCACUAAUGCAACCACUAAUGCAACCACUAAUGCAACCACUAAGAAAACCACUAUUACUGCUUCUAGAAUGUCAGUAAAAGAAGUUCCCUUUGAAAGUUAUUUAGUUAUUUCUGAAUAUGAUGAAAUUCAAAUUCCUAGUAAAGAUUUAAUAACAAUUAAGAGAAAUUUUCAAAACGUUCAAGAGGCUUUACAUAAGGCACGAAUGAUUCGAGAAAAAUUAAAUUCUAAAAGCUCACCGCCAAUUUCACUCGAAAAACUCAAAAAUUCAAUUCAGCGAUGUAAUUUAAUGAAAACACUUUUAAAAACUCAAACAGCAAACAAAUAA